GAUGAAAAAGUUUCAGCGUCCUGACUAAACUGCCGCCACUGAGCGUGGAAGGCGUCGAGAAGGAUCAUGUUUUCGACGUCUUCGUGCCCAAAAAACAGCUGGAAGAAGUAAAACCGCAACUUUCUAUCAACUUUGAGUUGACGAACUGCUGGACGCUGAGUUACUUUUUUCCUCGUAGUUAACUUUUUACGUGUGAGGGGGAUAAAAAAAAAGGGGGAUGGCAAAGUGCGAGAUUUGAAGGGAGUUGACAUGUUUGAAAGCGCUGAAGGCUGAGGAAAACAAAAGGGAGGAACUACUACUUCUGCCGUGAGGAAGACACGACUGUCUCAUGUCCAAGGAGACUGUCCAUCCGUCAGACGGGCCAGAGAAGGCCCCCCGGCAAGAGACAAGUCCCCUGCUGUCAGUGUCACACGAUGCUUGCGAUGGUGAAUCAUCAGAGAGAGAGCCGUCUCCCAGGAAGCCACCUGCUGAUGGACACGUGGCCACGGAGAAGCCCAAUUAUUGCGAGCCUGUAAGAACCCAACCGCAGUCUGAGUCUGAUCUCAAGUCCUCUGAAGUGGCCAAUGGAGACGUUGCCAAGGACCCAAAUGGCUUUCACCACGGCAGCACGGGCACACCCACAGUGAGUAACGGCAAUGGCAUCAACCCUGGUUUUGGAGGCCCUGAGCCCAUGCGGACGUGCACCUGUGGUGCCAACGUCAGUACGAGGACUGCGAGCGGGUCAGGGCCUGGAACAAGCGCAGCGGCGACUGCGCCUAUGACAGAGCAGCCCAGGAGGCAGCCGUCCACGCCCGUGUCGCACAGGGUGCAGAGGAAGCUGAGGUCCAGCUUGUCAGUCAACAGUGAUGGCAGCAGACGUAGCAAAGGCAGCUCGAUGGGCUCACAGAAACCUCCUUUACCAGAGGACUGCUGCGUUCACUGCAUCCUGGCCUGCCUUUUCUGUGAGUUCCUGACACUUUGCAACAUGGUGGUGGCCCAGGCUUCGUGUGGCGCGUGCACAUCGGAGGCUUGCUGCUGCUGCUGCUGUACUGACGACUUGGGCGACGACUGCAACUGCCCCUGUGACAUGGACUGCGGCAUCAUGGACGCCUGCUGCGAGUCCUCGGAUUGCCUGGAAAUCUGUAUGGAAUGCUGCGGGAUCUGCUUCCCCACAUAAAAUUCCUUGACGAUAAGACGUUAACCCUGAACAUGGGGAAAAACUGAAGGAAUCUUCUGCUUUAGUCACUUUGAAAUCAUCAAACGACGGAAGUGUGUGUGUGUGUGUGUGUGUGUGUGUGUGAAAGUGAUAGAUGUCAGGUUGCAGCAUGCUUAUGUGUUUUGACACUGGGCUUCUCUAUCAAAAUCAGCUCAGCGCAGACUAGAAUUAAACC